AUGACCACGUCGGCCUUCCCGUCGCUCUCGGCGGUAUUCACCACCAGCACGGAGACGGCAAGUGAAGACCUCAUAGCGACCAACUUGGCGAGACUUGAAGCAACGACGCUACAACUUGAAGCGCCCCAACACGGGGAAGGCAAGUCUCGCCAUCACAAAGACCACGUCGGUCUUCCCCGUCGCGGAGACGGACGACUGGAGAAGGUCGAGCCGUCUCCCCCCGUCACCAACACGGAGACGGUCGAGACGAUCUUCCUGCAGGUCAUCCUUGCGACCAUAUUGGUGAUGCGACGACUUGAAAUCGCCGACGCGAAAGACUAUCAAGGACGAAGACUUUACCUGAAGCAGGAGAAGGUUUCAAUCGCCUUGGAACCUUCGCAAGAGGCGCCGACGAGACUUAAAGUCCGCCAGGAUGGUCAGACCGUGUGGCGACUGAAAGCAGCACUUUUGCCAAACAACCGCCUUGAUGCCGAGACGUCAACUGCCGACUUGAAGCCAUGUCGUGGCCAAGAUCGUCGCCAAUAUCGUCGCCAAGAUCGUCGCCAAGAUCGUCGCCAAGAUAGUCGCCAAGAUUGA